AUGUCAAAGGACUGUCGCUGGAUGCUCCAGACGGGCAAGUACGGCGACUUUCGUCUGGCUCAAGGCAGGCGGUCGAUUCGAGUCCACAGAUCCAUCCUCGUUCAACACUCGGGAUACUUUGCGAAGUUCUUCAAGCAUGGUCUUCCAUCCCGCAAGGCUGUCGACCGUGGCAGAUUGGAGAUACCAGCCGAAUAUGACCUCAACCUGGUCCGCAUCUUGAUGGAUUGCUUCUACCGCGGCGAAAUCGAGUGGGUAUUCCCGGAAGAUGAUAUCCGCAAGAACGUUGAACUUUGGAUACUCGCAGAGUGGUUGAAUGUUGAGUACGCCAUGCACACCAUUGAAGUCAACCUCCUCGAGAUCCUCAGCCCAAUGGAGCAAAAGUACCGCGCGGCCAAGCCCUGGAUGCUGGGGCUCGUACUCCAUCACCAAAAGUGUGGCAACUCAACCGUCGGGAGUAUGUUCGCCGAGGCCGCUCUCGCCGUGCGGUACACUACCGGAAAAGCUGAUCACAUUCGAUGCUUGGAUGACAUGCGCAACGCAUUCCCCGCUCUCGGAAGGAAAAUGGAUGAAUGA